GCAAGCUGAUUGGCCGAGGCCUAGCAAAGGGUGCCCGGGGAUCCAAAACUGCAGGCCGCACUUAGCUUACCGUCAAAAAUAAACCAAAACAAUAACAGACAAAACUGAGAAGGGGGAGAAACACCGAUAGAGUCAGAAGACGACGCUAUCAGGGGAUUGAUUAAUUUACCUUGAUGGAAGGAAGCACAUCAAAUAUCCUAUUGGUUGUAUUCUAAGGGGUUUGUCAUCAAAUGUGAAGUAUUUUUCCAGAGUAAAGACAUGGAUCAAGGAGGAGGGGUGUUGGAGCUGCACACUCAGGAGCUCAAGAUGCCCCACGCUAUGAUCAUGCAAGACUUUGUUGCAGGAAUGGGGGGUCUGGCUCACAUUGAUGGUGAGCACAUUGUGGUGUCUGUGCCCGAGGGUAUGCUUCUCUCUGAUGUGAUGACGGACGAGGGCAUCCUCCUGGAGCACGAACUUGAGGUGGAAGGCCUAGAGACUCAGGUGGUUCAAGGCAUAGAGACUGAGGUGGUCGAAGAACUGGAGACUGAGGUUGUGGACAGCUUACACGCAGAUGUGGAUUGCUUGGAGGCAGAAGUGGUGGAUGGGCUACAAACACAGGUGGUUGAGUUGGAGGCUCAGAUUGUCGAGGACCUAGAGGGUGAGGUGGAAGUGGAGGGUCUGGAGGCGCAUGUGGUGGAGGGCCUGGUAACUGAGGUGGAUGUUGAGGACCUGGAAACUCACGUUGUCGAGGGCCUUGAGGAAGAGGUGGAAGUGGAAGGUUUGGAAGCUGAGGUUGUCGAUGGCCUGGAGAUAGACGUUGAAAGUCUGCAGUCUCAGGGCGUAGAAGCCCAUGAAAUGACCACUGAAGACAUGGUGUCCUCUGAACACAGUGUGAUCAUGCCUGAGAAUAUUCUGGGCACAGAGGUUGCAAUAGAGGAAGAUCUGGACCCCCAUCAUCAUCACCAUCAUCACCAUCACCAUCAUCAUCAUCAUGUCCUAACUUCAGACCUCAUCCAGGACUCAAACCACCACCACGAUGACAUGCCAGACCAGGUGUUUGUGGCAAGGCUACUGUCUGAGCACCAGGACAACACUCUGGACCACCAGCUUGUGUCAGAAGGCUUAAUGGUGACCGAGGCCAACUCCGAGACCAUAAUCCACCAACAACUGCCAGCUGAGGCUGUUCACCUGCAGACAGACGAGGAGGAGGAUGAUGAGGAUGAUGAUGAUGAUGCAAGAAGCAGCUCUGAGGAUUACCUCAUGAUCUCCUUGGAUGAGGUGGGAGAGAAGCUGGACAUAGGAGACACUCCUCUGGAGAUCAGCACUGAGGUAAUGGAAGACAAGGAAUGUAAAGAGGAGGACGGCUCCGAGGUCAUCAAAGUCUACAUUUUCAAAGCUGAAGCGGAUGACGAUUUAGGUGGAACAGAGGUAAUAACUGAGGAUGAUUACCAGAACGGCCAUCCUGACCUGGAAGCUGCAUCAUCAGGCAGACUGGGAGUUGGCCGUGACAAGAUGGUCUACAUGGCAGUCAAGAACCAUCCAAAAGAAGAAGAGGAUGAUGAGGACGACAGUGAUGAGGAUGAGGAUGAUGACAUUAGUAAUACCAUUGAUCAGGUGAAGAAUGGAGCUGCUACACCAUAUCUUCAAAUCCGAGAGGGGCUGGGUGCCAACCGUGUCCUCAAACCCAAAGCUAAGAAAAAGAGGAAAGGAGAUAUACGACAGUGUCCGACUGCUGUUAUAAUUGGACCAGACGGUAUGCCUUUGACGGUCUACCCCUGCCACUUAUGUGGAAAGAAGUUUCGCUCAAGAGGCUUCCUCAAAUGCCACAUGAAGAACCACCCGGACCACCUGCUUAAAAAGAAGUACCAGUGUACAGACUGCGACUUUACCACCAACAAGAAGGUCAGUUUCCAUAAUCACUUGGAGAGUCACAAGCUGCUGAGUCACAACAAUGAGCGCUCUCCAGAAUACAGCGAGUACACACGGCGCUACCAUGAGUCCAGCCCCUUAGGCUCUGAUAAGCUCAUCGUCAAGGACCGGGAGCCCAAACUGCAUCACUGCAAGUACUGCGACUAUGAGACGGCUGAACAAGGCCUGCUAAACCGUCACCUGCUGGCUGUGCACAGCAAGAACUUUGCACAUGUGUGUGUCGAGUGCGCCAAAGGCUUCCGCCACCCGUCGGAGCUUAAGAAGCACAUGCGGACCCACACAGGGGAGAAGCCCUACCACUGCCCGCACUGCGAGUUCCGGUGUGCAGAUCAGUCCAACCUUAAGACUCACAUAAAGAGCAAGCACGGCGCAGAUCUGCCUUUCAAGUGCAGUCACUGUCCCCAAGCUUACGCUGACGCACGGGAACUCCAGCGUCAUAUAGAGAUGGUGCAAGGUCACAAGACUCACCAGUGCCCACACUGUGAGCACAAGAGCACCAACUCCAGUGACCUGAAACGACACAUCAUCUCUGUUCACACCAAGGACUUCCCCCAUCAGUGUGACGUGUGUGAGAAAGGCUUUCACAGGCCUUCGGAGUUGAAGAAACACGCAGAGACACACAAGGGCAACAAGGUGCACCAGUGCCGUCAUUGUAACUUCAAUGCUCCCGACACCUUCACUUUGAGUCGCCAUAUCCUGUCCUUGCAUACAAAGGACCUCCCAUUUAAGUGCAAGCGCUGCCGGCGAGGCUUCCGGCAGCCCGCUGAGCUGAAGAAGCACAUGAAGACACACAGCGGUAGAAAGGUUUAUCAGUGCCAGUAUUGUGAGUAUAACAGUACGGACGCUUCUGGCUUCAAGCGCCAUGUCAUCUCCAUUCACACCAAGGACUACCCGCACCGCUGCGACUACUGCACCAAGGGCUUUAGGAGGCCCUCGGAGAAAAGCCAGCACAUAGCCAGGCAUCACAAAGACAUGUUGAUGUAAUGGCAUUGCGCCCACAAACACACUCCUCUUUCCUGAGUAAAUCUAUGUCACACACCCAGAGGUAAUUUUAGUGUAUUAACAAAGAAAUGACGCUGAUGCUGUUAAUGAAGACGACAACAUUAUAAUUGCCGUUGUGUGUUCUGUGUUGUUAUGGGUGUAAACCUCCUCCCCCAGGGGUAAUGCAAGAACACAUUUUAGAUGUGGGGUGAAGACUAAAAAAAGACAGUGUGUACACUGAGUGGGACAGCUGUAAAUUGUGUUUUGUUUUGUUGCAGAAAAUCACAUAUGAACAUAUAUUCAGGGUCUCAAAUGUCUAUAUUUUUAUACCCACUCAGCUGAAAUGCUGCAAGAUGAUGACUGUGUCCUGUAAAACAGAAAGUGGUGCUUUGUGAACGUCAUGCCAGUUCAUCAGAUGAUGUGAAAUGAGCACCAGAGAAGUUUACCUCCAUAGUACCAACUAGUAUCUCUUUUCUCUAUUAACCAGCUUUUAUCCUGACAUUUGUUUUCAAUGCCAUCUGGUCUUUAAGGGGCAGGGCCAUUCGUGAGUUCAUAAAUGGUUGUGAUGUUGACGCAUUACGCACCUUAAAAAGAUCUUUUAUUAAAUCAAACCGUUUAACUUCCAUCAUUUUGGAUUUUCCUGCCAGGUCUGAACACUUGGAGUUCUAUUAAAUUAAUCAUGUAUAAUAUAGACUGUUCUGUUCAAUAUGUCUUAAAAGUUAGAUCAGAAACCUUUUCUGGUCAGUUCAGCAGUGUCUAACAAGGAUAAAUGGUGCGGUUGGUAUAUUAGUAUAAAACAAAAUCCCUUUAGUGUACACAGCACAUUUCUGACACAGAUGGCUACUAUUGUAUCUGCUAUGAUGGUGCUGAAAGUUCACAGGUGUAUUAGUAUAUGAACUUUGCAGAUGGUUGACGUCGUGUUUGAUAAAGCCCUGAAUUGGUUACAUCUGACUGCCACUGUAAGUUGCAUAUAUGUGAUGUUACCUAUGGCGCAGGUGUGCUUUAUCAGUCAACUAUUUGAUUGCAAUCAUGCCUUACAUCUGUUGGUCUUUACCCCUUAAGCACUGAUGAACACAGCCAAUCUGAAAACAAGUGAUUUUUAACUCAAACAUGCUGUAUCAAUACCUUUCUCUCUGAGAUUGUGUGUUUUGAGUCAGUAGAAAGCACUUUAAUUACUUUUUUUAUAUAUUUUAAUUACGUGUGUGUACAUAUAUAGAUAUAUAUAUUUAUAUAUAUAUAUAUAUAUAUAUAUAUAUAUAUAUAUAUAUAUAUAAAAACCCUAGAUAAUAAACAACUACAGAGGUUUGCAAGUUGGUAAAAAUUGUUAUCUCGAGCACGAUCCUUACUGCAUCAGAACUGAAUUGUCAUUGAAAGUGGUGGGUGAACCAUUUAUUGUUUUGUUCUAUGGAAAAGUGAUUUGGUUUUGUGUUUUGUUUGUGCUCACUAACACGUUUCCCAGACCCUCGUCCUGCAGUCCUAAAUAAUCAACCCAAUCCCAAACAUGGGAUUAUUCCCUUGAAGUCAUUGGUCAUCAUAUUGGCAUUAGUCUUUAAAGUAUGCACAUAUGCUGUCUCCAUGAAAGUCAUUGUGGUAUAUAUUAAAAAUCCCCCAUUUCGUGUACCUUAGUCUAUAUUUUCUUUCAGUCUGAUUGUGGAUAAACUACUGGUGGGGAAGAACCAAAAUAAACGAUUAUCUUUUUA